GAACGAGUGCUGUCCAACUUCUGAUUUCUGGGUAGCUGGGGGCCAGUUUGUCCCAGAGUGCAUCUGUGCGUGGCAUCUGAACACGGAUGAGUUAGGGGAAGUGAAAGCAGACCCAACAUUGACAAAUGCAACCGAGUGGGGAGUGAGGCGUUGCUCUGUCUGUGCUGGGAUGUUAUGCAGUUGACUAGGAGGGAAUUUGUCUUUUAAAAUACAAGGCAAAUACAUCAAUGCAUUCUUAAAACAAGGUAAAAGUGUGUGGAAACCCCUCUACCCCAGACUCUGGAGGUGGCCAGGGCCCCAAGAAGGCAUCAGCAUUGCUAUCAGCAGCUGCAGAACUGACAGGAAGACGACAGCCACGCUGACCCCUUGAGCCACCGUUGGCAGUGAGCAGUGGAGAGGCCACUCAUUGCGGCCCCCGCCACAGAAAGGAAGGCGCACCGACAUUGAUUUCACCAAACCCCCACCAUCGCCGGGCCCAGCAGUACCUGCCACUACUGCACUGGACUCCAAGGGGAACAGAAAAGACCCGUCCCAGGACGUUGAAACAUGAUUUAUGACAACUUCCAUUAUGAAGCCAUUGAUGAAGAAGAGACAAAGGAGAUGCUCCACUUCCAAGUACACCAUAAGCUAGCUGGAAUCCCAGAGCAGCUCAGUGAUGGACAACAGAUGAACAUAAUGGAAGGAGAUUCAUCUCAUGACCCAAAUGACACCGUAAGAACUGAGGAAAUGGAAAAUAAAUGUGCCCAAGAAUUUGAACAAACAGAGUUCUGUGAACAUUCACUUCUCCGAAUGAAUAAUUUCAGUGUGCCAGAAGAGAGACUCAACUUACUGUCAUACGUGGGACAAGUUUCCUAUGAGCAUGGCACUCUCCAGUGGACAAAUGGUGGCCAUUUUGAAGAGAUUCCCAAACUGCUACCAGGUGAUGGGGGAGCGUCCUGUGAACUUGUGGCUCUACAAAGGGAUGAAGGAGGAGAAUCAGAAGAAAUGCCCAGAUUACUACCUUAUGAUGAAGAAGUGACCUAUGAUUCUAGAGCUCUGCAAAUGACUAAUGAAAGAAAACCAGAGGAGAUGCCCAGCCUACCUGGAGAAGAGGGAGAAGAGCAUGGCCAUGCCAUCUGGGACAUCAGUGAUGAAGAAGAGCCUCAGGAAGUCUUGAGCUCCCCAUCAACAUGUGGGCCAGGGUCCUGUGAUUCUGAAUCUCCUCAAAUGACCAGUGAAGAAGCACCAGAGAAGGUGCCCAGCCAAGUACUAUAUGAUGGGGAAGACAGUAGCAGUGACUGUUUAGAGAUGUAUUAUGAAGAAGACCCCCAGGAAGACUGGAGCUCACCACCAGAAAGCGAAUCAUCAUAUGGUGAACUAGAAGCUGUCCAAAUAAAUAGUGAGGAAGAAUUAGAAGAGCCUACUUCCAGCCUACUACCCUAUGAUGGACAAGGAGCAGAGCCACCAGCACGUGGAAAUGAGAAGUGUACCUGUGUUAUGUGCUUCUCAAAAUAUGUGCCAGAAGGUCCAGAAGCAAGCAUUGCAGACAGCGAAGCAUGUGCCAUGAUAGAUACUGUGGAUCUUAGAAACAACUCUACUUCGGGAAAACUCAAGAGGAAAAGAAGAAAAAAGAAAGGCCAUUGCUGGACAAGACAUAAAAGGAAAUUUCAGAGAAACUUACCCCAAAAAGAGAGCAGCAACACUCCUGGCCAGUUGGUCUCCAGUGGGAAAAAGGGGAAAAUGCAUCUGCGAGAACCUGCCAAGAUCAAGGGGAAAAAGAGAGGCAGACCUCCUGUUUACUCAACUCAUGGUGACAGAGCCUCACGGAAAAGAGUCCGGUCAAAAGGGUCAAGAAGUCACACAGAUUGUCCGGUGGAUUUUCGCUCUCAAAUACUUCCUGUGACCUGUGGUGAGGUGAAGGGGAUGUUAUAUAAGAAGAAACUGAAACAAGGAGGAUCCUUGGUGAGAUCUAUACAGAGUGAGGAUGGAAAAUGGUUCACCCCCAGGGAGUUUGAAAUCAGAGGAGGCUACGCAAGAUCAAAGAACUGGAAGCUGAGUGUGCGCUGUGGUAGGAGGCCUCUACGAUGGCUGAUGGAGAAAGGAUUUCUACAUAAUCCUCUAAGAAAAUAUUUCAGGAAAAGAAAGAUAAUACCAAAGUCUCACAACAAUACCUUGGUUAACCCUUAUCCGGGAAACUCCGAUGUGUGUGAGAUGUGCCGGGAUGGAGGAAAGCUGUUCUGUUGUGACACCUGUUCAAGAUCUUUUCAUGAGGACUGUCACAUCCCACCAGUGGAAACUGAGAGGAACCCGUGGAGUUGCACCUUCUGCAGGAUGGAGUUUUUGGAAAGGCAGCAGUGUCACGGGGAAUCUGAGGUCCUGGAGAGGCAGAUGCAGCCGGAGGAGCAGUUGAAAUGUGAGUUCCUCCUCUUGAAGGUCUAUUGCCAUUCAGAGAGCUCCUUUUUUUCGAAGAUUCCAUACUAUUAUUAUAUUAAAGAGGUGUCUCAAAACCUAAAGGAACCCAUGUGGUUGGACAAAAUCAAGAAGAAGCUAAAUAAACAAGGCUACCCUAGAGUAGAGGAGUUUGUGCAGGACAUGCGCCUCAUCUUUCGGAACCACAGGGCAUCUUACAAGUACAAUGACUUUGGCCUAAUGGGACUUAGACUGGAGGCAGAGUUCGAGAAGAAAUUCAAGGAAGUGUUUUCUAUUGAGGAAGCAAAUGAGAGGAGUUCACUGGUGUAGUGGAGGCUGUUGACACCCUGGAAAAUCUCCUUUUUGGGCAGAACUUUCAUGUCCCAGCUGCUGUGAGGGUUGGCUGCUGAUGACACUCUUCCCCAAAGUACCACCCUCUGCCAAUGCCAACUUCACCUGGAGAUUACACCUCUUGGGCGUGGGGGCCAGCUUCCAGCCCCAAGGUGGAACCAACCCGUAGUGAUCCGUAUCCCUUCACUUCCCACGAGAUCAGGCUGGAGCUAGUCUCCAGCUGGUACCAAUCCAUGCUUGGUUUUUCCUACCAUGCUAUCCUGCUUCGCUCACCCCUCUUCUUCUGAGAAAAUUCUCAUAAUAAAUCACUUACUCAAGAGACUUUA